AUGUAUGAUUGGGCUCAUGGUAGUGAUUUGGUUUUAGCAGUCUAUAGGGAUGUGUUUCAAAGUGGCCAACCAGGAAUAGAGAGGCAAGAGACUUUCCUAGGUGAGGAAGAAGCAGCUUCUAAGGUUUACUUCACAAAUGAAAGAGAAGAGAAGAUCCAAUCCAUUAAAUUGAUGUUAGGAUCGAUGGAAGAUGGUGUAAUUAGCAUAUCGGCCUAUGAUACUGCAUGGGUUGCACUGGUAGAAGAUAUUAAUGAAAGCGGUGUUCCUCAAUUCCCUUCUAGUCUUCAAUGGAUCGUGGAGAAUCAACUCCCUGAUGGUUCUUGGGGUGAUCGUAUUAUAUUCUCUGCUCAUGAUCGGAUUCUUAACACUUUAGCAUGUGUCAUCGCGUUGAAGUCGUGGAACAUUUAUCCAGAACGAUGUGAAAAGGGUAUGGUGUUUAUUAGGGAGAAUAUGUCAAAGCUUGAAAAUGAAAAUGAAGAGCACAUGCCCAUAGGCUUUGAAAUUGCAUUUCCUUCUCUAAUGGAAAUAGCUGAGAGACAAGAUUUGCAUGUUCCAACAGAUAUUCCAAUCAUACAUGAGAUAUAUGCCAAAAGAAAUCUAAAGCUCACAAGGAUACCAAAGGAUAUGAUGCAUGUAGUGCCCACAACGCUUCUCCAUAGCUUAGAAGGAAUGGUUGGUUUGGAUUGGGAAAAGCUUCUGAAGCUACAGUGUGAAGAUGGGUCAUUCUUGUUUUCUCCAUCAUCCACUGCUUUCGCACUUAUGCAAACUAAAGAUGAAAGAUGCUUAAAAUAUCUCAAGAAAGCCGUUGAAACAUUCAAUGGUGGAGUUCCUAAUGUCUACCCGGUGGACUUGUUCGAGCAUAUUUGGGUUGUGGAUCGUUUGGAACGCCUUGGAAUUUCUCGUUAUUUCAAAUCAGAAAUUAAAGAAUGCCUCAAUUAUGUCUUUAGGUAUUGGACCGAAGAUGGGAUCUGUUGGGCUAGAAAUUCUAGAGUUCAUGAUAUCGACGAUACAGCCAUGGGAUUCAGACUUCUAAGGUUACAUGGACAUGAGGUUUCACCAGAUGCAUUUCGGCAUUUUGAGAAGGGGGGAGAGUUUUUUUGCUUUGCAGGACAAUCAAACCAGGCCAUUACUGGACUAUUUAAUCUGUAUAGAGCUUCUCAAGUUUUGUUUCCCGGGGAGAAGAUUCUAGAAGAAGCCAAAGCGUUUUCAUCAAGAUUUUUGAGAGAUAAACAAGCAUCCAAUCAGCUUCUAGAUAAAUGGAUAAUCACUAAGGAUUUGCCUGGUGAGGUGGGUUAUGCUCUUGACUUUCCAUGGUACGCCAGCCUACCUAGGGUAGAAGCGAGAUUCUACAUCGAACAUUAUGGCGGGGAGGACGAUGUAUGGAUUGGGAAGACUCUGUACAGGAUGCCUUACGUUAACAAUGAUGACUAUCUGGAGCUUGCAAAAGCAGACUUCAAUAACUGUCAAGCGUUACAUCAGCUGGAAUGGACUACUAUUCAAAAGUGGUAUACAGAAUGCAAUCUUGGGCAAUUCGGGGUGGGAAGAAGAGAGCUUCUUCAAGCCUAUUUUGUGGCCAUGGCCAGCAUAUUUGAACCUGAAAGGGCAAGCGAACGGUUGGCAUGGACAAGGGCAUCUGUGCUUGUGGAGGCAGUGAAGUCAUACAUGGAAAUGGAAACGACAAGUGUGGAUCAGAGAAGAGAAUUUGUGAAUGAUUUCAACAAAACAUUACACAGUUGCAGCAGCAAUUUCGAUAUCCAUCAAACCAAUGGUAUUGGGUUUUGGGUGACAAGGAAGCCAGAAUGGAAGACGAUAGGAAAGAAACUCCUUGAAUCACUUCUCACAACCUUAAACAGUAUUGCAGUGGAGACCCUAGUAACACACCGCCUAGACGUACGAUACCACUUAUUUUCCGCAUGGAACACCUGGUUAUUUUCAUGGUGCCCCGAUGGAGAAGCAGGUGAAGGAGAGCUUCUAGUGCGCACUAUAAACCUUUGUGCCGGACAUUCCAUCUCGGAAGAACACUCCUCCCACCCUCAUUACAAGCGUCUCAUCCAUCUUACCAACUCAAUCUGUAGCCACCUUCGUGGCCAUAGGAAGAAGAAUAGCAUGAGUAUUAGCCAAAUAGAUCCCUUAAUGCAAGAGAUGGUUCAACUUGUUCUCCGGAACUCCGAUGGCAUUGAUCCUGAAGUGAAGAGAGCUUUCCUCACCGUUGCUAAGAGCUUCUAUUAUGCUGCCCAUUGCAACCCUGCCACCAUCAACCACCAUAUUUCCAAAGUUCUCUUCCAGAGUGUGGCUUGACUUUGUUUUUAAUUUCUUUAUGUUUUGUUGUAUUUUAUAUAUUUGUGAAUAAUUUGUUUUUUGCAAAGCGUUGC